AUGGCGGAGAGCCACACAGAUAAAAGACUUGCUGUUAUUGUAACGGUGGAUAUCAUCGCUGGAAAUGCUGAUCUUUUAUCUGAAAUUCUACUCCAUUUGCCUGCAAGAUCUCUCAUCAGGUUCAGUCCAGUAUGCAAACUUUGGUUCUCAAUCAUUACCAGUAUGCAAUUUAGGCUCAGUCAUAGUCGUACUCUUGCAUUUUCUAAUACUCUAACCCCGUCUGGGAUCUACUCUUACAAUUGCCUAACCAAUCUCCAAAAAGUUGAAUCCCUUCCUCUUUCUGAUAAUGUAACUAGCCUCCCUCCUCUUCCGCUCCUUGACCCAAUUGCUUUAAAAAAAGGAGAUGCAAUUGAGGUUAUGCAAGUUAAGGUUAUGCAAUCUUGCAAUGGCCUUUUAAUGUGCGUGAUAAAAACUGAAGCAGGAAAUAUCAAACUUGGUAUUGUUUACAAUCCUGCAAAUAAAGAGUGGUGUCCAUUGCCGAGCCCCUAUGACAAGUAUUAUAGUAAUGUCUAUUAUAAUCUGAUAUUUGAUCCUUCAGAACCACCUUAUUACAAAGCUUUGUGUAUUAAGUGUUUGGGUUCCUAUUGGUUGGAUGUUGAAGUGAGUGUGUAUGUGCCAGGGAGUGAGUCAUGGAGAUCUUGUUGUCGUUUCUCUCCACCCUAUGAUAUGCGAUUUGAGAGUGGAGUGUUUUGGAAUGGUGCAAUUCAUUGGAUUGGUGAAAACUCCUCCAUUUACUUUGAUGCUAAUUCAGAGGAAGUCGUAAGGAAAGAUAUGCCACCAAGGCCUCAGGGACAAUGUAGAGAAAAGAUUAGGUAUUUUGGGGAAUGGGGUGGCCAUUUGCAUCUUAUUCAGGUUCAGAGCCUAUAUGCCAAGAAAUUCAAUGUGCUUGAAUUAGACAAAAAUACCUGGAAGUGGUCAGUAAAGUAUCGUGUUCAUCUUGCUCGGUUAAUUUCAGCAUUUCCUGCGAUAGUUAAUCAGACAUCAUAUGGCACACAAUAUGCAUUUUCCAUUUUGUCUGUGAUUCGAGAAGAGAAAGAAGAAGAUUCAGUGGGAAGUAUACUGAAAGUUUGGCUCGGGUUCCAGCUCUCAAAGAUUUGUCUUCGAUCUUUUGAAUUUCUUCUUCCCGGAGUUAAUGGAGUAGCAAAUUUUGAUUUUGGUCAUUGUGAUAUAAUAAGCACAUUCAAUGUCAAAUUGAACAG